CUGACAAAUACAAAAUGGUUGAAAACUACAGUUGGCAAACAAAGAAAAGGCAGCGUAAUUUCGCAUUUUAACGUUAAAAAACGUUUUUUUGUAGUGAAAGUUACUUAGUUUAGUUUGUGUUCAGUGUUUCUUACAAGAUGCUGGACCUGGAGAUCAUCCCGGAGCGGUCACUCGGCUGUGAUUCAUGGGAAUUCGUAUUAGGCAUGCAUUUCUCACAGUCAGUUGCCAUCAUACAGAGUCAAGUCGGGACAAUAAGAGGAGUACAAGUAUUGUAUAGCGAUCAGAAUCCUCUAUCGGUAGAUUUAGUGAUCAACAUGCCACAGGACGGCAUGCGGUUGAUAUUCGACCCUGUAGCGCAGAGGCUUAAGAUUAUUGAAAUAUACAAUAUGAAAUUAGUCAAAUUAAGAUAUAGUGGAAUGUGUUUCAAUAGUCCUGAAAUAACGCCAUCUAUCGAGCAAGUCGAGCACUGUUUCGGCGCGACCCACCCCGGCUUGUAUGACUCGCAGCGCCAUCUGUUCGCUUUAAACUUCCGGGGACUCUCUUUUUAUUUCCCCGUUGACAGUAAAUUCGAACCGGGAUACGCGCACGGGCUUGGCUCUUUACAGUUCCCGAAUGGCGGUUCCCCGGUUGUUUCGAGAACCACAAUAUAUUACGGAUCUCAACAUCAGCUAAGCAGUAACACGAGCAGUCGCGUCUCCGGCGUGCCGCUGCCGGACCUGCCGCUGUCCUGUUACAGACAGCAGCUGCACCUGAGGAGGUGCGACGUCCUCCGCAACACCACCAGCACCAUGGGUCUGAGGCUGCACAUGUUCACUGAAGGCACGAGCAGGGCGCUGGAGCCUUCGCAGGUGGCGCUGGUCCGCGUGGUGCGGUUCGGGGACAGCUGCCAGGGCGUGGCGCGCGCGCUGGGCGCCCCGGCGCGGCUCUACUACAAGGCGGACGACAAGAUGCGCAUCCACCGCCCCACCGCGCGGAGACGCCCUCCCCCCGCCUCCGACUACCUCUUCAACUACUUCACGCUGGGCCUGGACGUGUUGUUCGACGCUCGCACCAACCAGGUGAAGAAGUUCGUCCUGCACACGAACUACCCGGGCCAUUACAACUUCAAUAUGUACCAUCGCUGCGAGUUCGAGCUCACCGUCCAGCCUGAUAAAUCCGAGGCGCACUCGCUUGUGGAGAGCGGGGGCGGGGUUGCGGUGACCGCCUACAGCAAGUGGGAGGUGGUGUCGCGCGCGCUGCGGGUGUGCGAGCGCCCCGUCGUGCUCAACCGGGCCUCCUCCACCAACACCACCAACCCGUUCGGCUCCACGUUCUGCUAUGGAUACCAGGAUAUCAUUUUUGAAGUGAUGUCAAACAACUACAUCGCGUCGAUCACCCUGUACCAGCCGGACAACGCGCGGCCGCACUACGCGGUCGGCUCGAUCGCGUGACACGCGCGCGCGCCCCGAGCGACGUACGGUGCGCAGAACAAAAGUACCGUCGCCAAAAAUGAUUUUUUGUUUAAGUGCUUUCGUCUUUACGUCGAGUCGUGUGUGCGUGAUUCGUUGUCCGCCCGGGUCCCCGGCUGGCGGCCAAUCGGCGGCGUGCUGGAGCUAGUGUCGCGGGCCGUACAGAUUUACGAUGCGAUUCGUUUUUAAAUAGGGCAAAAAGUCGCCGGAGUAUUAAAAAAAAAAUUUUGGUAAUUCAUGUGUUCUUUUGCCCCCAAACUGAGAUUAUUAGAUCUAUGGAAACCAGAGAUCUACAUGUACAUACAUACAAAAAGCACUUAGGGGCGCCGUUAGAGAAUAAUUUCGAAAUCUACAUUAAUUAGAAUAAAAAUAUUAUUAUUAGUCGCUCGAUUGACUAUAUUCGUACUUAUGUUCUGGUCACACUCUGAAACAUUACAAAAUCUAUUUGGUGGAAGCCGAUUGAGUUAGUUAACACUAAACUGAUAACCGAAUAAUGCGAUAAGUCUAUAAAGAUUUUAUUUAGAUCAGCUGUUGCAUGUCUAAUAUAUAUAUCUCUCUUAUUCUCUCUCCCUGAAUAUACAUGUAUAUGAUUUUGGUCAGAACGAGACGGAACGUUUUAUCGCUUUCUCGAAACUCAUUAUAGAAUAUUUAUUUUUAUUACAAUAAUCACAGCUUUGUUGACUUGUAUUGUUUAUAGUCGUAUAAAAAUAAACUUUUGUUUUUAGUGCGUUUUAAUGGACGUACGACCUCACGGUCCACCGGUGAUGAGGCCCACAGACAUCACAACUGCACGCCGCCACUCGCCUUGAGACAUUAGAUCAAAGUUUCAAAUGUACAACAUAACGUAUACAGUAGAAGCUCCUUAUUCGCGCAUCAUUCAUUCGGGUUUUUACUAGUCGAGGAUUUUUAAAAUUGCGACCCAAUUCCUGUAUUCGCGGUAACAAAUUACUUUAUUCGCGAAUCUAAUACAUACACAUUGGCAAAAAGGAUUCCAAUCGUAUCCAACCGAAUCCAAUAUCCAACCGAAUAUUCGUUGCAAAUGCGUUAUUAAAUAAAAUCGACUACUAAUAAAAAACUAAAAUAGAUCUUAUUGCGACUGUGUCUAAGUAUGUUUUAUUUUGUCACUCACACAUUCCAUAUUCACGGUUUCUAUAUUCGCAAAAAUAUACGCCCCGCGAAUAAAGAGUUUUUACUGUGCUUGCAAGUUUAGAACGAUGUUAUCCCGUGGCGUUUUUAUAUCUAUCUCUAUCACGGCAGUAGUGUUAGAGAGAGAGGUGAAAAGGCCACUCUAUCCACGAGUAAUUUAAAUAAAGUGUUUUCCAACAGGACUCAUCACUUAAAUACACGUUCAGAACAGUAACGCUUGUCACCCCAAAGCGUGGUGUUGCCAGCCUUCAAAAUAUUCCACUAAAAACAAAAAAGUGAUCCUCGUACCAACAUAUCUCUGACACGACGCACCUAAGAGGAAGCAGUAUUUAACAACAAUAUUAAUGUGAUAAAAAUAAAUAAAAGUAAAAAUAAAAUUAAAAAAAUAAUAAUUAAAACUCUAAAAAAAGUGAGUGACAGAUCUCAGUCGGUGUGUUUUAUAUUUUUAAAUAAUUAAUUAGCAAUGGCGGAAGCGAGUAUCUAGUAAAAAUAUAAUCAUAUUUUAUUUUUUAGUUUUUUAGUUUUAAUGUUUUUAUUUUAUAAGAUGAUUAUGAUUAAGAUUAUGAUAUUCGAUUGUGUUCUUUCAAUUUUAUAAAAUUUAUAAUAUUUUUCAGACUCGAAUAGGAAUGUUUUGAUAUCAUUUUAAUUUGAUGUUCAAAUCAAAGCUACGAAGACGUUUUUACAUAUCACAAUACGAUAUAGUUAUUUUUAAAAAAAAACAGAUUUUUAAUGCAAAAAGUUGACAGAAUACUGACGUGAAUAUCUUUUGACAACUUGACAUUUUAGUUUGGAAAAAUAAUGAAUGUAAAUGUUUUGUCUAUGAUCACUUGUAUCUAUAUCAGCGGUUCGUUAGGAUGAUGUGUGCUGUGUGUAUAAAACAAUAGAAAUAUGAAGAGUUAAUUAAAUUAUAUGAGCAUGAAUUUAAAAAAAAAACUACAAAAACGGUCUGAUAUUUUUGAGCUUGCAACACACUAUAAUUUUCAGCAAUCAUGGUAUCUCGUUUGGUAUUUUUGUAAGUUGCAUAUGAGUGAUAUGAAAUUAUUCUAGUAUAUAUUUCCUCGUGCUCUGAAAUGGUAGGGCGUUUCGAAAAUAAACACAUAUGCUGAUUGCAAUUUGUUAAUCAUAUUUCACAAAAGUAUUAUUCAUUCCACGCAAUUAUGAAUCGACUGAGUGAAGAGCUUGGGGCGUUUUCUCUCUGUCAGACUUUUAGGGUAACACAGCCGGUUCUCGAAAUUCGAAUCUACCAUAACGAAACAAGAAUACAGUUUUAGGUUUUGUCUAAAGUAAUCGAUCGAUUCCCGUUUCGGCUUCGAGAAUCUUCGUUGCGCCCUUUAUAUCCUAGUUGGAAUGUGCGCUGUGUUUUUCUCAAAGAAACCUGCCAAUAAAGGUGACCAAACGAUAUUUUUGAUGUAACUCAGUUUUUAUUUACCAAUAAUGUAAUUAACUUUUCAUAUAUAGUUAAUGAACAUAAAAAUUCGUCUAAUCGUGUAAGUGCACUAUUGUAAGUCAAUAAUUAAACGAAUAGAUACGACUUUGUUUUUAUUUAUGGUAUACUAACUCGGGGCUACCACAAUAUGAUUAUAGCAAAUUUAGUAGUUUUACAAAAAAUAAUAAUGGCAACCCCGUUUUCUUCUUAAUGCUCAUUGUAAGCGUUUUUUUUUUAUACGUAUGAACGAUUGCGUAUAAGAGUCGUCUAUUAUCAAACGUGGCAAUCUGUGCAUUUGGACAAAAAAAAGUUAUUGAUAUGUCAAUACAGAUAGAUUUGAAUAUAAUCGUCUCCUUCAAAGAAUACGGUUCAAAACCUGCAUUAAAUAAAGGUUAAUACUUAACCUGUUAUUUAUCUAAGAUGUCGUUCGGAAGAGUUUUGUGACUGCCAAUGGAAUACAAAGUUAAUAAUUCGUUUUUCUGAUUUACCAAUAAUUGUCCAAAAGUCACAUUGUCGGCUUUGAUAAUAGUCGACUCAUAAGAUGUUUGAAACGUGUUUUCUAAUUAAUAUAUUAAUAUUUAGUGAGGCAAUGAAAAUCGUAAGACUAGUGAUUGCACGCGUGUUUGUUCGUUCAAGUAAUCGAUACACUAAAAUUUAAUUGUCACAAAAUAUAUGAGAAAUUUUGAAAAACAUUUUUUUUUAAAUAAUACUUUCGUCUUUGGCGUGUCAUAUGCACGAUUUAUAAUGCAAUAAUUUGUGAUCUAUAAAAAAAUCCAUAGAUAAAAAAAACACAGUCUAAAUUGACUUUAUAAUUAUGAAAAUAAAUUAUUUUUCUAAGACUUCAAUAAGUUUUAUAUAAUUUGAAAUUAUAUUCUGGUGAUUUGCUAAAAGUGAUCGGUGCCAACAACAUUUUGAAUUCAAUAUUGGACUUUAUGGCUUCUAAUCCUGAGUCUUUUAUUCUGUGAAUGAGCUUAAAACAUGUAGGCCACGGUCGCCUGGUUGUGAUCAGAGUUGGUGUUAAACAAAAACACGUUUUAGUUCGUAACUGUUAGAGAUCGAAAUCGCAUGGGUGUCUGAAGUGUUUGUAUUAUAUUUUCCAUAUCUCCGAACAGUUCGCUUUGUACGAUCAUCACUAGAAUAUUCUGCGAUCUUAAAGUGAUAUAAACAUUUCGGAUAUCCCUUUCGAUAUCGUUCGAGCACAAUGAAUCGCGAGUGUGUUAAAAAAAUAAAUAUAAAAAUGGCGCUAGUGCCAUAGAGUAACGAAAAAAAAAAUUAAAAAAAGUUGACAAAUAAUACUUAUUAAAAAAAAUUGUGUUAAACAUAAGCGAUAAGUACCGCGUACCGCAGCUCUUGACGCGUGUGGCCACGAAACAAGCAUAUUUACGUUUUAAUGUUGCCAUAUUUAAAAAAAAAAAAUACUAUUGCCGCGGUUUAAGAGGGCUUGUAUGCUCUAUGGUCGCACGCGUCAAGUUUUUUUUUAAAUGUUGCGUGGCUUGUCGGGAAGAUAGCGUGCUACGUAAGUUUCACUUAGCAUUACAAUUAUAUGUAUGUGGAGUGUGUUGGAAUCGUUCUCGGAGAUGACAGUAAUUGAUUUGUGGUAGAAUUGUGAGCGCGUAUCGGUGGCCAUCGUUGUUCGGACUAUUCCUACCGUGAAUUGAAGGUUGGGGCAACUGUUAUAUAAUUGAGGCUUCGACCUCAAGGCUAGUGACGUCAUUCUCAUUGUGAUUUCCAAAUUUAGUAAAAAAAACCGAAACAGGUAUUGGUUAUUAUUAUUAUUAUUAUAUUGUUUACUGGGUAUAUAUCGAAGAACUUAGUAACAAAUAAUAAAAAAACUAGCAUGCUCACUUUCGGCAUAACACCGUCCAUUGAUGCCCCUGAAAGGGAAAUUUAAUGUAUGUAAUGCAUUAUAAUUGAUUGAUAAAGUAGACAUUUUAGACCCCAUAUAAAUUACUAAAAACUAAUCUAACUAAAGGCUAUUUUGGACCGGAUGAACAUUAUAACAUAAUAAUAUGACAUUAGUGUUGCCUAUUAAAACCUAUCAUAGUCCAUUGUUGUUUGGUCUCCGGGAACGAUCGGUCUCACAUACAUACAACUAGCUUUUUAAUAACCAAAAAUAAAGCGCCCUGCUCUGAAGAUCGAUAAAACUGUGUGUCACUUGUGCACAUGAUCUUCUAGAAUCUUCGUAACUAUUGUCUUAUUUGCUUUCGAUAGUUCUCAUAAUGUUAGAGACGAGACGAAUUUCGAAAUAGGUAAUUAUAACGUGAAAUGUAAAUGCAAUCUAUACAUAUAAAUAAAAUUGGAGUGUCUGUUUGUAAUAUUGAAAUAGCUUCUUUUUACUACAUGCAUAUUAUUAUGAAUAUAUAUACGGUACAUACACCAAAAUAACAUUUUUUACAAAUUUUGUCUGUCUGUUUGUUCCGGCUAAUCUCUGGAACAGCUGAACUGAUUUUGACGGGACUUCCACUGAUAGGUAGCUGAUGAUAUAAGGAGUAACUUAGGCUACUUUUUUAAAACUAGUUUCGCCCCGCGGCUUCAUCCGCGGUACGACAAUAACCGCGGGUAACAUCGCGGGACUCAGCUAUCAAUAAUAAAAUUUAAUGUUUCCGAAGCGAAGCGAGGGCGGGUCGCUAGUAUAUAAAUAUAUCGAGCGGUGAAUUUUGUAUUUGGUUUAAAAGCUUAAUUUUUUGCAACUUCACAGGAGAGCUAUUUAAAUUAAAAAAAAUGGAAUUUUUUUUAUCAUAAAAAAAAACUUCUUCAGCCAUUUGAAUGGUGUAAACAUAAUUGAAGUUCUAUUAAAAACGUCGAAUUGUUGAUGCUGAUACCAAAUAAAACGGUCCAUUAAUUACAAAAGUAAAUGUCUCCUAUUACGCGAAAUAUCGCGUUAACCAAAUACCUUUUCACUCCUUGAAUUAUAUUUAGUAAACAUUUGAGUACAUCUUUGUCCUUAGUGCGAGUUUUUUAACGUUCUCGACAGCGUAAAAGUUAAUUCGAAUUUGCAUGAAUUUGGAAUGUUUGCCUACGUUUGCCGCUAGGGGCGCUGUUCCAACUGUACACAAAAAUUCGUUAACUUUUACGCUAUCGACAACGUUAAAAAACUCGCACUAAGCACACUGAACUCAUUGCGAGUUUAUCUUCUCAACUAACGGUCGGAAAAUAUAUGUGGCUUUAGUGGAAUGAUACUAAUUAUAUAUAUUAAAUAUAAUAUCGAUUCGUCUCGUCAUAGUCUGUGUUAGAUACGUUUUUAUUUAUGGUUAUUAAAGUUGCAGUACAUAAUUUAAUGUCGACUUUUUAUUGUCGACAAUUGAUUAAGUGAAACUACUUUUCAAUGUGAAAUGAGUAUUUUUUAAGUCGAAUGUCGCUAAAUUUCUAAGCACCUUGUGGCUUAAUUUUAAGUCAAACAGUAGCUUAAUUUUAAGUAACGUCGCUAAAUUUCUAAGCCACGCGUGGCUUCAUUAUAAGUGAAACGUGGCUAAUUUUUAAGUCAAAUGUGGCUUAAUUUUAAGUAACGUCGCUAAAUUUCUAAGUCACGCGUGGCUUCAUUAUAAGUAAAGCGUGGCUAAUUUUUAAGUCAUAUGUGGCUUAAUUUUAAGUAACGUCGCUAAAUUUCUAAGCCACGCGUGGCUUCAUUAUAAGUAAAGCGUGGCUAAUUUUAAAGUCAAAUAUGGCUUAAUUUUAAAAAUGUCUUAAUCGUGUUCUGGGCAAGAUCGACACGCUAACCGAUUAAUAAAUUGUAUAAUAUAACUUUUAGCUUGUAUUUUAUACGUUUAGUCGCGUUAUAUUAUGCAUUUAGAUAAUAUACAUAACAAUCAGUAUGGUUAAUGUAGAAAGCCCAUCAUGGUUUGACACGGAUUUUGGGCAAAUUCAAUUUGAGUAUGAGUAUGUUUCAUUUUCUUUACAAUUACCUGAUUUUCAGUUGGUAAAAAGUUUGUCUAUGUCAUAUUUGAAGUCGUCGUGGCCUAAAGGACCACGAAAAACAAGGUUUUUUUUUUUGACAUUUUGAACAUAAUCUGCGGACAAGAUUUACAAACUGUUGGACAUUUUGAAGAUAAUCUAUGGACAAGGUUUUUUUUAAAUUUUGUGUAGUUUUCAUCUGAGUCGGUGUCUAGUUAUAUCUACGUCAUAGUUUAAAAUAAAUUAUGUGCACAGCAAUUCCUAUGUGACAUACUGCGUAAUAAGCUAAGAGAUGUGGAAGCAGGAGAUUGUAAAGUGAAUGAAACAAAAGUAAAAUUAAGACGUAUAAGGUUCUCUUAAUCAUAAAAUUUACGAACGACGUAUUUUGGAAUUAACAAAAAAAUUAUUCUUACGAGGUCUCUUUAUUUAUAUUUUGAUACUAUGUAGGGUAUGAGGAAAUCGUUUUUGCUACAAUGACACGUUUUAUCACUUUUCAUUAUGUGAAUGCUUUGAAAAUCAGCUGAUUUGGGGUUAAUGUCCGCGCUUGAGCGCGUGUCAGCCGGCUGCGGUCGGUCGUUGACCUCCCGAGUUUUGAUUACAUUGCUGGUUUACUAAAUGCAUAGUACGCGACCGAUGUAAUGUGUGACGAAUAUUAAUCUAUAACAUAGAUAGAUUAAAUGUAACACUUGUUUAAAUUUUUAGAACUCCCAUAUUGCUUCAAAUCGUACAAUGUGUAAGUUCAUAGAUGAACGAUGAUGUAGACACGUCUUUUAAGCGUUCACAAUGUAAAUAGAUUAGGUAAAUGGCUAUUAUAGAUACAUUCUCCCGGAACUCACCGGGUAUUUUCUUAUUAUAUUAUAUAGUUAGCACUGAAAAAAAAAAAACAAUUAUGUAAUAAUAUUGUAAUAAAAUCUGUGUGCGUAGAAAAAAAUAGUAUUUGUUGAAAAAUAAUUAAUUAAACAAAAAAGUGAUUUCAUUUAGCGUUAUUUUGUGUGCGUUCAGAAAUUAAAAGAAUAUCGAAUGUUUUUAAACAUUUUAUUGGUAAUGUUUUAUUUUCUGUUCGUAAAUUACAAUUAAUUAUCGUUCGAUCUCGCAAAGAUAUUUUUGAUAACGGUCUGGUAGUACGAAAGGAAUAUAGGUUAAGGUUUGUGUCAAAAUUUCAUACGAAAAUUGUAAUGUUUUUUUUUUUGUUUUUCAUUGUUUAAAAGAAGAACAAAAAACAGAUUCUUUUCACGUUCAAUGUUUCAAUUCAAAAUUUUGCAGGGCAUUAUUUUAGUAUUAAAAAAAAAAGAAGUCAUGCACGUCGCAUUUCUAUUGUGUAUUGUGUUUUACGUAAAAAGCACGCGUCACUUGAAUUGACUGUCUUGAACAUUAAGAAGAAUGUUAAUUCAUAAAAAAAAUGACAUGUAAAUUAUGCGGGAAUAUUUGUUUUUUUUUUCGUACUUAUUCGCUGGUUGCAUAAGUUGCGAAUGGGACUAGUUAUAAUACGUCAAAUUUUAAAUGCCUUCGAGAAAAACAUAAUUUAAAACAACUGUAACAGUUUGAUUUCGCGAUUGUUGCUUUCUUAAAAUGUCCGACCUUUUGAAUAAGUUAUCGAUGAUUUUGAACAAUAUUUCAUAAAAUAGCCUCUUAAAGCAUAAAGCAGCUGAGAGCAUAAUCUUUCUUUUCAAAAUUCGAAUCCUAAAAGAAAAAAAAAGUUGAUGGAUGGAAUAACAUAAAAUAUGUUAGUCAGUAAAUCAUGAAGGAUUUGGUAAUGCGGGGGCGACAGUAACGCCAUCUAGUUGCAGAUCUUUAGAAAAUACUACCUACUAAUUCACUUUGUGGUUGAAACUGUUAUACUAACUGUUAUGGUAUAAAUACACAAUAUUAUACAGGCGGUAUGUGUAGUCAGGUUUUUUGAUCCGUGCGUCAUGACUACUGACGACUAAAAUAAAAGCGUAAAGUUUUCGGAAAUCUACCCUAUAAUGCGGUCACCUGAGUUUAGCGUGCGAUUUACAAACAUGCUCAUAGAUAAUACAAAUAAAUUGAACAAGCUGCCGAUAAUUUGUUUUAGACGUAAAUUUAUUAAAGGAAUCUUGGUGUGCAUGUAUAUUUAUAAAUAACAUUUUUUUAUUUGUCCACAAUACAUAAAAGCUACGAUAGAAAUGCGACGGUGCAAUGACACUACGUGAAAUUAUGUAACCGUCGAAAUGGGUACAAAAAAAAAAAGAAAAUGUCUCAAAAAUACCAAAAAAUUAAAUAAAGGAUUUCGUACCGAAA